AUGGCCUCUUUAAAUAAUAUGGAACCACGGCUACGGGGUGGCUCAAAACAAGUCCCAAUUGCUAUCAUCAGCAUGGCGUGCCGACUUCCAGGCUCGUGCAAUAACCCCAAUGAAUUUUGGGAUUUCAUCAAAAGAGGAGGGAUUGCGCCUCGAACACCUCCUGAGUCAAGAUUUACGAUCGGUACGCAUCAUGAUUCCUCAACGAAACGAAACACUAUGACGAGCCCGGGGGGAAUGUUUAUCGAUGCUGACCCCCGAGACUUGGAUGCCUCCUUCUUUAAGUUACCCAAGUCAGAAGCUACUGCUAUGGAUCCUCAGCAACGGCAGCUUCUAGAAGUUGUUUACGAAGGACUAGAAAACGCGGGAUUAACUAUGGAAGAGAUCGAUGGACAGCCAAUUGGAUGUUUUGUGGGGUCUUACGCAGUCGAUUAUGGUGACAUACAGGCACGCGACCCUGAAGACCGGGCUCUAUUUACAACGUUAGGGAUAGGCAGGGCUAUGUUGAGUAACCGUAUCAGCCACUUUUUAAAUAUAAAAGGGCCAAGCAUGACGAUCGAUACUGCCUGCUCCGGGGGCCUGGUUGCUAUCGACCUCGCUAAUAGAUAUCUUCAAACGGGAGAGAUUAGUAGUGCUAUAGUCGCAGGCUGUAAUAUCUACCUCAGUCCGGAACACGUCAUGGAUGGACUUAGCGCCAAUGGAACGGCGUCGCUAACUGGCUUAUGCCAUAGCUUCGACGCGAAGGCGGAUGGGUAUGUAAAGGCCGAGGCGGUGAAUAUGGUGGUGUUGAGACGCCUUAGCGAUGCUAUCAGCGAUGGGAAUCCAAUUCGAGGAGUUAUCCGUGGCACUGCCACAGGUAGCGAUGGAUGGACAGCAGGCAUCGCAAGCCCCAACCCUGCAGCCCAAGCAACUGUAAUCAGACAAGCAUAUGAAAAUGCUGGUAUCAUAGACCUCUGUACUACUUCUUACGUUGAAUGCCAUGGCACUGGAACAAAAGCAGGUGAUGUUAUUGAGGCCAACGGCGUAGCUUCAGUAUUCUCGUCCAUUAGAUCGCAGGAUAAUCCUCUAAAGAUAGGAUCGGUGAAAAGCAACAUUGGGCAUAGCGAACCAGCCGCUGGCAUCUCUGGUCUGCUUAAGGUAGCACUGGCAAUCGAGUCCUGCAUUAUCCCAGGGAACCCAACUUUUAAGAUACCAAACCCCAAUAUCGACUUUCAAAAGCUCAAACUCCAGCCUUUGAGAACCACUAGUCCAUGGGACUCGCCGUCGGAGCUACGAAGAGCCGGGGUAAACUCGUUCGGGUACGGAGGAUCGAAUGCACAUGUCAUCGUGGAGUCCUGGAAAGGCCCUUCGCGCCACGUUACUUCAUAUACUAAUGAUAUAUUUGCGAAAGAGAAAACUUACCAUAGGCCGUACCUAUUGGCUUUCUCGGCCAACGACGAAAAAUCCUUGAAGGGGAAUGUAACCGCCUUGGAUAAACACCUCAGCUUUCCCGCUGUAAGCGUGGACCUUCGGGACCUAGCUUACACUCUUUCCGAAAAGAGAACCCGCCAUUUUCACCGCGGGUAUAUCAUCACCAGCGACACCGAAAUUUCUGUAGGAUCACUGGUCCACGGGAAGGUGACUUUACCGCCGCGCAUCGGGUUGGUCUUCACCGGACAAGGAGCACAAUGGCCACAGAUGGGAAAAGACCUAAUAUCAUCAUUUCCAGUAGCGAGGGAGCACAUAAAUCGAUUAGAAUGCACUUUAAACCAACUUCCAGGUGGACCUCAAUGGUCCCUUCUUGAUGAACUAACCCAACCACGAACGCCAGAAUACUAUAAACGACCGGAACUGUCCCAAACACUUGUUGCAGCUUUACAGCUCGCGAUAUUGGCCGUUCUAGAGGAUUCUGAUGUGAAAUAUGACGCUGUCAUAGGGCAUUCAUCGGGAGAGAUCGUGGCGGCAGUCGCCGCCGGAUUCUUGACGCCAGAACAGGCUAUUGGGAUUGCCUAUUAUCGUGGCAAAGCUACAGGCGAGAUGCCGAAUGAAACUCCCCUUGGUAUGAUGGCUGUAGGGCUAGGUGAAGAUCACAUCACAGCGUACCUGAGUUCGAAGUCUAGCAUUCAGGUAGCGUGUAUCAACAGCCCUGAAAGCAUCACUCUUUCUGGAUUACGCCAUGAGUUGACGGAAUUGGAGGAACGCAUUAAGGGGGACGGUCACUUUGCUCGGAUGUUGCACGUUGACUCUGCGUAUCAUUCUAGCUACAUGGCGAGUGCAGCGUCGAUGUACCGAAGGCUCAUGCAGAACAACUUCGAAUGGCCACCCUUAGGCAUAGGAAAGGCAGCCAUGUACUCGUCAGUCGAAGGGCGAAAAAUUACAGGCCUAGAUGGCACAACGUACUGGGAAAGGAAUAUGCUUUCUCCAGUUCUUUUCAGUGCAGCAAUGCAAGAAAUGCUAAAAAGCGAAAUCGACAUGCUCAUCGAAAUUGGGCCUAGCAAUGCGUUAUCCGCGCCUAUCACCCAGAUUAAGAAAUCAGUUGGCUCUUCCGCCGAGUACGUAGCUUCCUGGAGAAGAGGUGUAGACCCAGGAAUGGCGAUUUGCAACGUACUCGGGGGUAUUUUUAUUAGGGGCGGAUCCGUCAAUCUAAUGCACUUUAAUGGUACCAACGGCGGCUACGUUCCAUCUGUCAUAGUAGACCUGCCUAACUACCGCUGGAAUCAUUCUACGAAAUAUUGGCAUGAAAGUAAUGCGAGUAAAGACUGGCGAUUCCGCAAAUUCGUCCACCACGAUCUCCUUGGUAGUAAGGUCCUUGGCACACCUUGGCAGCAUCCGGCUUGGAGGAAGAUACUUCGAUUGCAAGACAUUCCUUGGAUUAGGGAUCAUCGACUCGGCACGAGCAUCGUAUUCCCAGCCGCCGGCUAUCUGGCCAUGGCCAUCGAAGCGAUAUUCCAAAUGCAAAAGGCGCUGGGUAAUAUUCCAGAAAAUACAAACGUCCACCAAGUGUCAUAUCAACUACAAAGAUGCCACUUUUCAAAAGCAAUGGUACUGGAAGAUGAAGAUACCAAACAUGAGAUAUUGCUUACUCUGAUACCUAAAUCUGGGCUAGACGAUGGGUGGUAUGAAUUCACUGUAUUCACUUCGAUACACGAAGUGCUAAGCAGAAACUCGAGCGGCUUAAUACGAAUACAGAGUGAUGGUAUACGAAAAUACGCGAAAGCAGCCGAUAUGGAGCCGUUUCAACAUGCUUCCUCCGCAGAAACGUGGUACAAAGCUAUGAGGGAAGUUGGUUAUACAUUUGGACCCAGCUUCCAGAAAUCACUGCUCGUCGAAUCAACGAUGGGAUCUCGACAAAGCCGCACCUUGCUUUCAUUCGAAGAGCCGCAAUCUCGUUGGCCUCAGUCUCUCUAUCCUUUGCACCCAACUAGUAUUGAUGCUUGUUUCCAGGCCGUGUCGGCCUCCAUCUGGGCAGGUGAUAGGACUGCGGUGAAUACCAGGCUUCUCCCCAAUAUUAUUGAUGAGUUAAUCAUACCAGAGCAAAGUUGCGCAGUGAAGACAGCUCUAGCAACAGCUUCAUCGGAAUGGAAUGGGCUCGGUAGAAUUGAUGAUGUAAAGGCAUAUACGUCUAACGUGUCGGCAUUUAAUCAGGAGACACAUGAGCUUGUCUACGAGAUGCAUGGCCUACGUUACCAAUCCCUGGAAAUGGAGAAGAACGAAAGUAACUCCCACGUCUAUAAUUGUAGUAUCUAUGGGCCGGAUAUUUCAACUUGUUCCAAACAACAACUGGAAAGGUUGUUGGGUCAACACCAAACCUCGGCCCAGAAGGUCAGUAAACUCUUGGACAUGAUCGCGUUCAAAAAGCCAGAUGUGAGAGUGUUGGAAAUAAAUGCCCACAACCAGGCCGAGAGCUUAUGGCUUGAUGAUCGUGGAACCCAUUCAUUUGACAGGAACGCUUGUAGUUAUCUACAACUAGAGUUGCUGUCACAGAAGGACGUAACAACCGCUACUACGAAGUACCAGGAUUCCGGGAACGUGAAAGUCCGGAGGAUAGACGAAAUUGACAGCCUGGAGGAACGAGACAACUUUGAUGUGCUCAUCGCUGAUGGUAUUGUGGCCACCGAGAUUCGGCCCCUUUUACGGAACCUUCGCACACUUAGCUAUGUCAUUAUUAAGAAUGUGAGGCAUGAAAGGACCAAUGGGUCGGAAAGUGGCCUAGACUAUGUGCGAGAUGAAUCUGCUAACCUUGAGGGCGUGUCUACUAACAAUGCCGCAUUUCAUGAGGCCAAUCUCUUGCAACUUACUGAGUUUUCUAUUGGUCUUUUCAUUCGCGAUACCUCUCCUUAUUUCUUCGUCGGCAUAACACAAAAGGGGGGUUCUGCAUUCAAGGAUGGGAGAAAGAAAAGUCGAAUUGAGCUUCUAAACUUCAAUGAGGAUAAUAAGAGCACCACGAAGGAAAUCGUACAUGAGCUAUCGAAGCUCGGAUGGGAAGUCGGGCAUCAUUCUGCUCCAUUUGAAGCCGUCCUCCCAGGCAAUACGAUGCUCGUCCUCGAUGAGUUAUGUGGUCCAGCUGUAUCAAAUUUCACAGAGAGCCAAUGGGUUGGACUACGAGGUUUGCUUUCUCGGGAUUGCCGUGUUCUCUGGGUAUCGAGGGGUGGACAGAUGGCUGUCACAAACCCUGAGUGUGGUCUCAUCCAGGGAUUCAAGCGUUCGAUAUGCAAUGAAAACCCCAAUGCAAUCAUCAUGACACUCGAUGUCGAGUCCAGUUCUGGAAUGAACACCAUAACGGCCAUCGAUCAAACACUUCGCCAGCUAACAACAACUAAAACCACAGUCAUGACAGACACUGAGUUUAUCGAGAGAGACGGCAGUCUUUGUGUUGAACGGAUCGUUCCAGAUAAUCCUAUAAACGAGCAAGAGAGCGGCAUUGUCCAAGGCCCAAAAGCAGAAGAGCAUUCAUUAUUUGAUCACAGAUCUUGUGUGCGACUAAUUGCCAAUCAUCUCGGUAGCUUGGAUAGCCUGUGUUAUUCCGAAGUCUCUGAAGGGGAUAUUCCAUUGACAGUUGGUGAUAUCGAAGUAGACAUCUAUGCUGCCUCGCUAAACUUUAAGGACUUGGCUAUCGCUAUGGGUCUCGUACCUGGUAAUGAGCAACUUCUCGGAGCCGACGGAGCCGGGUUGAUUAGGCGAUGCUGCGCGGAGAGCGAAAUAUUUCCUAUACCUGAGGACGUUUCGUUCGUAGAAGCAUCAGCACUCGGCACUGUUUACUCGACCGCACUAUACGCAUUAACGGAUAUGUGUAAUACUAAACAAGGGAUGAGCGUACUGAUUCACUCGGCCGCUGGGGGGGUUGGAAUUGCCGCAGUACAAAUCUGCAAAUAUCUUGGGGCAGAAAUUUACGCAACAGUAGGGAGCGAUGAAAAGCGGCAGUUUCUGAUCGAAAACUAUAACGUGCUACCAGACCGGAUAUUUACAUCGCGAACUACACGAUUCGCAGCAGAGUUGAUGGCGGCUACGAAUGGGAAAGGAGUAGAUGUGGUGCUCAAUACCCUUGUUGGCGAUAUGCUUGAUGCUUCGUGGCAUUGUGUUGCCGCAGGUGGAACUUUGGUAGAGCUUGGGAAAAAGGACAUAUUGGAAAAAGCGAGCAUAUCUAUGGAGCCUUUCGAUCGCAACGCGUCGUACCGUGCCGUAGAUAUGUCUCACGAAUCAAUCUCAUCGGAUUUGAAAAAGAGGCUACUAUCGCGCAUCUUUAAAAUGCUGGAGCAAGGCCACAUCAAGCCUGUUAUUACCAAAGUUUUUGGCUUCGCAGAUAUCUCUGCAGCUUUCGCCCUUUUAAGUACUAGGAAUUCCAUCGGCAAGAUUGUGAUAGCAAGGAGUGACACCAGCCGAACCAUUGUUCCGAUCCGCCCAGUAAUUCCACGGUUGAAAUUAGACGUUGACGCCUCAUACCUGAUUGUAGGAGGCUUGAAGGGCCUCUGUGGAAGCAUAGCAGUCUACCUCGCACGGCAAGGUGCUAAAAGUCUUAUAGCGUUGUCACGCUCCGGGCACCAAGACGAGAUAUCCAGCAGAGUAGCUGCGGAUAUUAGAGGACUGGGUUCUGAGUUGACACUAGUGACUGGCGAUGUGACAAAUCUAGAGGAUGUCGAGCAAGUAUUUCAGAGUGCUUCUAAACCCAUUCGUGGAGUUAUUCAAGGAGCAAUGGUACUAAGAGACAGGCCAUAUGACACAAUGACCUACAAUGAAUUCCACGAGGCCAUACUACCGAAGGUUCGAGGCACCUGGAACCUACACCAUGCAGCUCUCAAGCAUGGAUCUGAGCUCGAUUUUUUCACACUCCUUUCGAGUAUCUGUGGUAUUGUGGGUCAAAAGGGCCAGUGUAAUUAUAGCGCAGCAAAUUCCUUCCUAGACGCUUUCGCCGCAUAUCGCAAGUCGCUUAAACUACCGGCCUGUUCCGUGGAUCUCGGCGUUGUUGAAGACGUCGGGUACGUAAAUAGCCGGGAGUCGCUUUCCAGGCGUCUACUUGCUCAAGGGUGGGUACCCAUAAACGAAUCCCUACUACACAAGAUACUUUACUUCUCGACUCUCCAGCAGCAGAAGCAGCAGGCGAAUCCUAUCAUUUCAAGCCAAAUUAUAACUGGGAUUCCUGUACCUCUGCCGAAAGAAUCCCCCGCGCAGCGUGAUAUUCGCUUCAGCACUCUCCGACAGUCAACACGAUGUGAAACAGCUCGAGAAGACAUAAGCAGCGAUACUAUCACCAUUUUGCGCAAUGCUUUCAAGACUAGUGACAGUCUUGCGGCAAACCAUGAAGGGCUAUUAUCGAUGCUACGGGACCAGACAAACCAGAAGUUGAUGCGUAGUCUCGGUAUGAGCGAGGAGCUCGACCCAGAGCGACCACUGUCUAGCUACGGAAUUGAUUCGCUUGUUGCGAUAGAGUUCAGAAACUGGGCCAAAGUAGAAUUAGGAAUAGAGAUUGCGACGCUGGAGGUAAUUGGAGCCAAGACGCUUGCAUCCUUGUGUAAGGUUAUCAUGAAGCAUGGACUCGAGGAUAAAAGGCAACGUCUAAAGGGCUGAAAAGGUUCAAGAUUCCAUGAACAGCGCCAAUACCAAAUAUUGCAUUAGGUACCUAACCUACCUACCUAGGAGGUAGUCAGGCAAGAUAAAAAUACCCUAGAUACCCAUAUUCAAAUAUUGCUCUACCUAGGUAGGUAGGUAGCCAAGCGCGGAUCAUAUAUACUACUUACUGUAUACC